AUCGGCAAAAGGAAGCAAAAUAUUUCAUCGAUUGAUUUUAAAUAUUGUUUGUAAUAUUAUUAACAUAUAUAUGUGUUGCUGUUAGCUUCUCGUACACCAGUUGUGCUGUAGAAACCUUUACUAUGUCUCAAAACUCUGAAAAACCAUCCAACAAUCAAGAUGUGGAUCCAACGGGUCCUGCGGUGCGAAAAGGAGUCCUUAUAUCAUUCAGAACGGGUAAAACCAUGGAAAUACCGGAAAAAGACAUACUGGGAAGAUGCAGAUUCGUUGGUGAAUUUGAGAAAAUAAACCGUAUAGGAGAGGGUACCUAUGGUAUUGUAUAUAGAGCAAAAGAAAAAGCUAAUGGUAAUAUUGUAGCUCUCAAGAAAGUGAGGAUGGAAGUGGAGAAAGAUGGGCUGCCACUUAGUGGUCUCCGGGAGAUUCAGGUGCUCAUGGCUUGCAGACAUGAGAACAUAGUGCAGCUCAAGGAGGUGCUAGUGGGGAGGUCUCUAGAAAGCAUUUUUCUCUCCAUGGAGUACUGUGAACAGGACCUGGCCUCCUUGUUAGAUAACAUGUCGUCUCCAUUCACUGAGUCACAAGUAAAGUGCCUAAUGCUGCAAGUACUCAAGGGGCUCAAAUAUUUGCACGCCAAUUUUAUUGUGCACAGAGACUUGAAGGUGUCAAAUUUACUUCUGACUGACAAGGGAUGUGUUAAAAUAGCAGAUUUCGGACUAGCACGUUGGCUCGGCGCCCCCGCUCGUAGUGCCACUCCUCGCGUAGUCACACUAUGGUACCGAGCCCCUGAGCUUCUCCUCCAGUCUCCGAAGCAAACUCCAGCACUGGAUAUGUGGGCUGCUGGCUGUAUCUUGGGUGAACUGCUUGCCAACAAGCCACUGCUACCAGGCAGAAGUGAAAUAGAGCAGCUGGAACUUAUCGUAGAUUUGCUUGGUACCCCAUCGGAUGCGAUCUGGCCCGAGUUCAGCACAUUACCCGCCCUUCAGAACUUCACGCUCAAACAGCAGCCAUACAACAACCUGAAGCAGCGCUUCCCAUGGCUCUCAGCCGCUGGGCUGCGUCUGCUGAACUUCCUCUUCAUGUAUGACCCUAACAAGCGUGCUACCGCCGAGGAGUGUCUUCAGAGCUCUUACUUCAAGGAACAACCUUUACCGUGCGAUCCAAAGCUGAUGCCAAGCUUCCCGCAGCACAGGAACAUGAAAGGACAGCAGAAGACUUCGUCCAACCAGCUGAACAUACCGCUAUCUAGUCUGAACACGGGCGCCAAUGACCAAACCAACAAUUUGCCGGCCAUUUCCGACCUCCUGGGGUCGCUUGUCAAGAAACGUAGACUAGAUUAAAUGUUUCAAGCCGAUGUAGAUUAAGGUUCUCUUAAUAAAUUAGCCGUAAGUAU